CUGCCGUUAAUGCGCUCGGGGUUAUUGUAAGAGACUAUUUCUGAAGAUUUUCUUUCAUAGCUCCCCUCCAAAACGCCAUGGCUGUGGAGAUCGUUGGAAUUGUUUGGCAAAUAGGAAAGGAUGUAUUGAAACUUGUGAAGGACCCCGUUGAUUAUCUUUUUCACUAUGAGAGGAAUGUCGUGAACUUUAAAGCUGAAGUUGAGAGUUUGACGAUUAUUAGGAAUGAUGUGCAAGUGCGGGUGGAUGGAGCUCGUCGGAGAAGAGAUAGGAUCGAUGGCGAUUUGGAAGCAUGGCUAACAAGUGUACAACAAGUCGAAGCUAAUGCGACAAGAUUGGAAAAUGGAGUUCGAGGGAGUGUGGGAUGUUUCAAUGGGUGGCAUCCUAAUUGUUGCUCUCACUACAAGUUGGGUAAAGAAGCAAAAGAAACGAUGAAUAGCGUCAAGCAGCUUCAAGAAAGAGGGAGAAUUUUUUGUCAGAAUCUUCAGUAUGAUGUUCCUCCUCCAAGCAUAAACUCCAUGCUUGCCAGUGGGGAUUACUUAGCUUUCACAUCUAGAGAAGCGACUAUUGAAAAGAUCAUGAAGGCACUGGAAGAUGAGGCAAUCAGGACCAUUGGGGUCUUCGGUAUGGGUGGAAUUGGCAAGACGACCCUGAUGAAAGAGAUCGGCAAACAAGUGAAAAACACGGGGCUAUACAAUGACGUUGUAAUGGUAGAAGUUACUCAUAAUCCAGACUUAACAAGGAUCCGAAAGGAGAUUGCAGGCCAACUAGGAAUGGAGCUCAAAACAUACAGCGAUGUGGUGAACAAAGGUGCCUUGUUAGAGAGGUUGCAGGACACUAAGACACUGGUAAUACUAGACAAUGUGUGGCAAGAAUUGGACUUAGUUGAGAUUGGGGUCCCAUUUGGAGAUAACCGCAAGAGUUGCAAAAUCAUGCUGACAACGCGAAACUUAGAUGUCUGCAAUAGGAAUGUGAGCGAAGUAGAGAUCGAGGUCGGGUUCCUAUCAGAAGCGGAGUCGUGGAAUCUCUUCCGAAAGGUGAUAAGAGGUGCUGUUGAUUCUUCUAUUUUGGAUGGUUAUGGGAAAGACAUUGUUAAUGAAUGUGGGAAUCUCCCUCUAUUAAUUGCAGCAGUUGGAACUGCAUUGCGGCACAAGGAGAAGAUAGUGUGGUCAGAUGCAUUGACGAAACUUAGAAAAGGGACUUUAAUAGAAACUGAACAUAAAAAGGUUUUCUCGUGUCUGGAAUUGAGUUACGAGCAUUUGGAGAACGAUGAGAUCAAGUCCUGUUUCUUGUUCUGUUGUCUAUUUCCUGAAGGCUCUGACAUUGAGAUAGAAACAUUGUUGAGAUAUGGAUUCAGUGAGGAGUUGUUGUUUGAUGAUGCGGAGACUUUAAAGGAAGGGAGGGAGAGAGUGUAUAGCACAAUCGACAAACUUAAGGCUUGUUGCUUGUUGUUGAAUGGCAGUCAAGAAGGGUAUGUAAAAAUGCAUGAUUGUGUCAGAGAUGUGGCUAAGUCAAUUGCAUCAAAACCUGGGAAUGGAUUUCUAAUAAAAGCAGGUGUGAAAAUUCAGGAUUGGCCAAGGAAAGAGAAACUAAACGAAUGCAAGAGGAUUUCAUUGAUGAAAAAUGAGAUUACCAUGCUGGAUGUGGAGCCAGAUUGCCCAAAUCUCUUGACCCUAUUGCUCCAAAAUGACUAUUUACUGAAGAAAAUCUCGGAUAGUUUCUUCCAAGGGAUGAAAAGCCUUGUAGUUCUAGAUCUAAGCUGCACAUGCAUUUCAUCGUUCCCAUGCGUGACUACAUUGCGGGCGCUUUUCCUCUCUAAAUGCUUGUUUUUAACUGAUCUAUCUCAACUAGGAGAAAUGGAAAAGCUGGAAAUACUUUGCCUAAGCAAAACAAAUAUCAAGGAAUUACCUGAAGAAAUGGGCAGAUUGUCACAUCUAAAGCUCUUGGAUCUAACGGAUACAGCAUCUCUGAAAAGAAUACCACCAAAGGUGAUAUCGAAAUUGCGAUGUUUGGAAGAAUUGUAUAUGGAAAACAGCUUCAGCGAGUGGGAAAUUGAAGGAAAGGGAGAUGGAAGUAAUGCUCGCUUAGCAGAGUUGGAGUCCUUGAAUCGCUUGACGACACUGUACAUCCAUGUAAGAAAUACAGAAUGCUUGUCACAGGAAAUCUCAAUUUCUUGGACAGACAUUUCAAGAUUGUGCAUAAGCGUUGCCAACAAGGAAUCCAUGUUCAUUUCCACAAGAACCAUGCGGCUUGAUAUAUCGAAGCCCGUUUCGCAUUGGGUCAAGGUUCUGAUGGAAAGAUCCGAGCAGCUAGAGCUGGUACGUUCUGAAUUUUGUGAAGUGGAGAGAUGGGAGGAAAUGUUCGAUGAUGGAUUGCCACCAGCGCUGAAGGAUUUAAAAUUACUAAAGGUUUACAACGACUGGGGAGAAUCGUUUCUUCUGGCCUGCCUGCUACAUUGUCAGAAAAUAGAGGAGCUUGAGAUUGAAGGUUGCCAGAAAAUGAAGAAGAUAGUCCCAGAUAAAGAUGGAGAUUCGCUCCACCCAGUGAAAGCUCUACAGCCUUUCAUAUUUGAAAAUCUACAGUUUCUGGUGGUGCGGCAUUGCAUUGGCUUCAAGAAUCUCUUAUCAUGGAGGCUAGCACCAGCACUCAAACAACUGAAAGGGCUGAUGGUUGAUGGCUGCAAUGAAAUGGAGGUGAUCAUAGCGAAUGAGGGAGCGGUGGAUACUACAGUACUUCCUUGCCUACAGGACCUAUAUCUAUCGGAAUUGCCAAAGCUGAGGAGCUUUUGUGAGGGUGAAGCUUUGCUUGAGUUGCCAUCGUUGUUUCAUAUCUCGGUAACCCGGUGUUUUGGUCUGAAGAAGCUUCCUUUGGGGGCGAACAGCGGAUUGUCGAUUGCCGACAUGACAGGAGAAUCUGAAUGGUUUGAGGCUCUGGAAUGGGCAGAUGAAAUUGCAAAAUCACGCUUCCAUGACCUCUUUUACAGGCCAGAUAAUCAGCGUUUGAAUAUGCAGUUUAUGUGCAUCAUUGGAAUCCGUGACGACUGUAAAAGGUAAGCAGCUUCUGUUUUUAUUAGUGAGAAAAUUUUUGAUAAUCUGGCAGGAUACAAUAAUUCAUACACAUGAAUAUGCA